CAAGUCGGACGCACGACUGCCCUUUUUUCUCACAGUUGUAAUGGGAGGCAAGUUGCGUUGCUCAUUCAUCUCCACUCUCAGAACCUCUCUCCUCUCUUCCCUCUCACUUCGUUCUAUAUCGACCUCCACUACCCACAUCUCCACCUCCCACCAAGCCUCCAUAACCCCAACCCCAUCAUCACAGACCCCCCAAAACCUUAACCCUAACCCUAGAACCAAAACCCCACUCGAGAAACAAUUCGAAACAUGGAUCCAAAAUCUCAAACCCGGGUUCAACCCAUCGGACGUCGAUAAAGCCUUGCGUGCCCAAUCGGACCCUGAUCUCGCCCUCGACAUCUUCCGUUGGACUGCCCAACAACGCAACUACAAGCACGACCACGUCACUUACCUCACCAUGAUCCAAAUUGCCAUCUCCGGUAAGCGUUACCGUGUCGCCGAAACCCUAGUCGAGGAAGUCCUCGCCGGUGCUUGCCCGGCCAGCCUUUCUCUUUACAAUUCCAUGAUUAAAUUUUGCUGUGGCCGAAAAUUUCUAUUUAAUCGAGCAUUCGAUGUUUAUAAGAAAAUGCUGAAAUCUGAUGCGAAGCCUUCAUUAGAAACCUACACAUUGUUGUUGAGCUCACUUCUCAGGAAAUUCAAUAAGUUGAAUGUUUCUUAUGUGUAUUUACAUGGGGUAAAGUCGCUGAAUAAGCAAAUGAAGGCUCUGGGGAUUAUACCUGAUACAUUUGCGUUGAAUAUGAUAAUUAAGGCUUAUUCUACUUGUCUUGAAGUUGAUGAGGCGAUUCGGGUUUUUCGCGAAAUGGGUUUGUAUGGAUGUGAGCCGAAUGCAUAUACCUAUAGCUAUAUAACAAAGGGUUUGUGUGAGAAGGGGAGGGUGAAUCAAGGUUUGGGGCUUUAUAAGGAGAUGAGGGAGAAGGGGUUGGUGCCGAAAUGGAAUACUUAUAUGAUUUUGAUCUGUAGUCUUGCUAUGGAACGAAGAUUUGAUGAUGCUGUUGAUGUUGUGUUUGAUGUGUUGGGCAAUUCUAUGACACCUGAUUUGCUAACUUAUAGAACACUACUAGAAGGUUUUUGUCGGGAUGGUAGGGGGAAUGAUGCUUUUGAGGUCCUGGAAGAAUUGAGGAGGAGGGAUUGUAUGAUGAAUGAGAAGACUUAUAAGACACUGUUGGAUGGAUUGCACUUUUUGAAUCGGGAGUAGAUGUCAUACAUUGGUUUACUCAAUCUCACUGUUAGAACUUGGGAUGUCUAUCAUUGGAUUGUAGUGUCAAUUAAACUUGAGAGGUUGGAGUGAAACAAGGAAAUUAACUCUAUUAAAUCGGAAUGGAAAUUUUACCCUCUGGCAGACUGUUUAGUUCCAUUGUAAGCAACUGUUGGAAGAAAGUUCCUGGUUCAGCUGAUUUAUCUGGAAUUAUAAACCAAAGAAAAUUUUGAGUUUAUCAGACAAUAUUUUACUGCGAGCAUUGAUGGAAGAUUCUUAAUACUUUACCAGAAGUAUUGGUGGACGAUUUUUUGGGCUGUGUCAUUUUGAUUUAUAUUUGCUAGGAGGAGUUGACUUAAGUGGCAUGAUUACAAAAUUUUUGUCAAGAUAUGUUUGAAUUGCUGGCUCUGUUUUACCACAGAUGUGAAACUGUAUGUGAGAAUUGACAAAGCUACAAUGGCAGGCUUUCUGGUUAUCAGCUUCCGAAGUCGUGGAGAAUGCAGAGUGUAUUUGUUGAGCUACAAGGGAAAGGCUGAUAAAGCAUAAUGUUUACCGUGGAAAAAAACACACAUGGUUGUUAUAUCCUUUGUGGAUGACAUAACAUUAUUUUGCAAUUCUUGUUCGAUACAACCAGGUGGCGUAGUUUUACUAUACACCGGUUAAUCUCCUCCAAUUCAUUUAUUGGAAGCAAGAGUGAUUUGGUUGGUUCAUUUGUUCAGCAUCAGGAUUUGGUUCAUGUUGACAUUAUUACUGUUGCAUGAAUGUGUGCCUGCAAAUUCUUAUUCCAUCUAAUGUCUGGAUGGGACAAUAAUGAAAAUGUGCAACUUUCCAAGAAAUUACUUGUUACGUGUAUCUUAAUAUCUUUGUGAAUUAAUUAUUGUUGUAGAUAUUUGUAAGGCCUUUUUGGUUGAAUUUCAUUUUGCUAAGGAUUCAUUGUCGUUUACUCUCUUGUAUUAGUUUAAUGUGUAUCUUGAGAGGCAU